AUGGAGGGUCUUCUACCUCUGGUUUUCAAAGCAAUCAAGAAAAACAGAACACGACGCCACUACGAGUGUCUCUCAUCAGGCAUCAGCAUGGCCGAGAUAUCCAUGUACCCUCAAACUCACGACCCUACCCCACAUGCCCACAACCACAAAGUGCCUCAUCAUAACGAACCUCACAAAGUUGGUCAUAGAAGAUAUAAAUCUGUCGAAGAUUUCGGUAGUGGUUUCCAAUCACCCCAGAUGAAAACAGCUGUUGAUUCCCCAAAACUUGUCCGGUUUAGGAGUCAGAGGAUGUUUUCAUGUAUCACUGGUGUCUAA